GCUACUUCCUCAGCGCAAGGUGCUGUGUGACCCCGUCACAUUGACGUCGGUGACUGUUUGAGCUUGUGCUAAUUGGCUACGCAUGUGUGAAUAACUACCAAUGACAUUGCUGUGAUACGAAAAUAUCACACUCACACUACCGAACGUAUCCGUUGCAUAGCAGCAUGACAUGGGCAAGGCUCGGAGCGGCAGUGACUGCGGGUCUCUCCGGCGUCUCUGCGGCUUCUUCUUCCACCCUUGAUAGCCCUUUACAAGCUCUCGACGCGUCUCCAUUGUUUAUUUUGCAAGCAACCGUCGAUCCAUUGCUCGUCUGGGCGAAGUACGAGCGAUUCCUGCUCUCACGAAGUCGUUCAACGCCCCUGCUGCUCUACUUCACUUCCUCUUCAACCUGCUACGGCGAGGAAAGCGAAGACGGUGAUGAAGAUGAAGGGAGUCAAGGUGUAAAUUCCCCCUCUAUUGACCAGGAGUCAUGUCUGUGUCAUCAGAAGCUGAUGGAGGCGGCCGUGGAGCUCGCAGCACAGACGCUGUCCACUCCACAGCUUCCCGUCGUCCGUGUGGACGUCCAGGCGUGGCCCAAGAUGUCGGACUAUCACUUAAUGUCGACGACCCCGUCGCUGCUGUGGAUGCCUGGACGUGCUUCCAGCCGCUUCCAGCGCUACCCGCAUGUGGAGACCAAUUUCCUGGACCUCAGUGCCAAUGGAUCGUUGUUUGCUGGCUAUAUUCGUGAGGAAAACGAGAAAAAUUGCGGUUUACAACACAGUGAGGUGGCCAAGGAUGCUGUGGCGAGGGAGAUCACGGCGUUUGUGCGUCUAUGCCGAGAGCGGAGUGGCUAUCUCACUCGCAAUGCCCGAGGAACGCUUUCCCCAACUGUACCGGUGAACUCUGGUGAUGACACGUUCUCAGGGCUGGAGCUGAUCCCGGUUCUGGCGUUUUUAGCGUUCAUCGGCCUCGUGGUCAAUGAGAACCGAGAGUUUGUACUCGGACUGGUGCAGACGCGAUUCUUCUGGUUUGCUCUCUGCUUGGGUGUCAUUUACGUGGCACUCAGCGGACUAUUCCACUCGAUCAUCCACCGUCGAGCCUGGUAUUAUUUUGGCCGAAUGCACGGCUUCGUGUUCGUUUACCCGAGCUCGCGGCGGCAGUUCGUACUGGAAGGACUGGUCAAUGGCACUUGGAGUUUCUGGCUUUCAUUGGGAGUCAUGAGUAUUUCAGAUGUGGCACCGACGUUGAAGUCUCGCCUGGCCAGGGAAGAAGUAAUUCGUUGGUCACUGCUACUCGUGGCCAUCUCGUACAUGGCGCUUUAUUUCACGUUCCUCAUGAAGUACAGGUGGUUGGCCUAAGCUCAGCUAUUCAACACGUCACUCGGACGUUUGGUAUCCAGAGGAAUAUAAUGAGAUUGAUGUGGUUUUAGUGAUCUUGGCAACAACUGGAGACUCGAUUGUGAGCUCUUUAGACGUUGUAUGAGAUAUCUGAGAGUUUGCAUUCCUCGACCUCGUCUCCAGCCAGAGCGAGAGAUACACCAGUGCCAACAUGGCCGGGAUCUCAAUGAGAGCUGCGACGACACUCAUCAUGGCUGGGUCGGAGUCCAGCCCGAAGGUAGCUACAGCCACACCUAACGAUAACUCGUAGUUGUUGCUCGUGGCUGUAAAUGCCAGCGUCACACUGUGUGCGUGAGUGGCGCCGCACGUCUGACUCAUGAAGAAGGAGCCCGUGAACAUGACGACGAAGUAGAUCAUGAACGGCACCAUGGAGAAGAGCACGGAGUCAAACGUCGUUGUAAUUCGUUGACUCUGUGAAGCGAACAGCACCACUAUCGUGAACAGCAGCGCGGUCACCGCCAGCACGUCCAGUCGAGGCGUGAACUUGUCAAAGUACCAAUCAUUCCCCUUCCAGCGGCGUAAAAAGAUCCACCCUGAAAUGCCGAGCACAAAUGGGAUUCCCAUGUAAAUACCCACAUUACUACCAACCUCAGUCAUGGAAAUGUGGAGUUCUUCUUGUUCUUCAGAGUCCUCGUCGAUCCCCAUGGCACUAGGCAUCGUAUUGAGAAAGAAACUCGCGUACAACGAAUACAGCGCCAUAGUCCAAAUGGAGUUUACGGCGAUGAGAGCUGCCCCGUAUUCGAGAUCACCCCCAGCCAAAGCGAUCCAAAUCAUGACCAUGCCAAUGCAACGAGAGCAGCCCACGAGGCUGAAGCCAGCCAUGAACCCCGUGUCGUUGUGGAAGAAGCCCGCAGCUAGUAGGAACAUGAGGAAUGGCCCCACUACCCAAUUUUGAAUAGUUGUCAACAUCAAUAGACGCCAAUCGCGGAACACUGCGCCAACUAACUGCCACUUCACAUUGGCGAGGGGAGGAUACAUCAUGGCGAGCAGACCCGCGCCCACCAGUAGAUUCAUACUCCCCACUGUCGUGGACUCGAUGAAGGAAUGCACAGCUGAGACCUGCCCAAGGCCGAUACCUGCGCCUGCGGCCAGCAGAAUCCAAAGCGGCAGGAAUCGAUCGAGCACUGAUAAUAGGUCUGCAAUACCACCGGCGGCAGGCGAGUGGCGGUCAUCGUCGCAGGAAGACGGG